CAACGUCAUCAAAACCGGAACAGGGAAUCUCAAACCGAAAAAGAGCGCCUGGAUUUAAAGUAGAGACGUUAACCCGAGGAUAAUCCUUGACGCCACGACCAUGAGUUUCUGUCCAAGUCCACCUGAUGCCCUCAUUGGCAACAUCAUCCAGCAGCAGAGGGACCGCUGGGAGAGGAAACGGAGCCGGGUCGCCAGAGAAUUGGUGCUGUCGGAGCAGCGGUACUGCCAACAGCUGGAACUAGUCACCACUUACUUUGUGGAGAUUUUGAAGGCCAAAGGAACCCUGAGGCAGGACAUUAGAGAAAGCAUCUUCAGUUCAAUUAAAGCCAUUCACUCAGUAAACCAAUCUUUGCUAGUACACCUGGAAAACGGCUACUUUGCAAGAGGCCUUGAAGAGUUUUGCACUCAACUGCAUCACUACAACAUCUUCGUGGACAACAUUUACAAUGCCCAAAAAGUGCUUUGGAUGCAGCUGAAGCAAAAUAAGGCCUUCAGACGGUUUAAGAAACUUCAGGAAGGUCGGCCAGAGUUCAACAACCGCAAGCUGGAGGACUUGCUUCAACUUCCUAUCGAGCGGAUUGAUCAAUCUUUGCUAGUACACCUGGAAAACGGCUACUUUGCAAGAGGCCUUGAAGAGUUUUGCACUCAACUGCAUCACUACAACAUCUUCGUGGACAACAUUUACAAUGCCCAAAAAGUGCUUUGGAUGCAGCUGAAGCAAAAUAAGGCCUUCAGACGGUUUAAGAAACUUCAGGAAGGUCGGCCAGAGUUCAACAACCGCAAGCUGGAGGACUUGCUUCAACUUCCUAUCGAGCGGAUUGAUCAAUCUUUGCUAGUACACCUGGAAAACGGCUACUUUGCAAGAGGCCUUGAAGAGUUUUGCACUCAACUGCAUCACUACAACAUCUUCGUGGACAACAUUUACAAUGCCCAAAAAGUGCUUUGGAUGCAGCUGAAGCAAAAUAAGGCCUUCAGACGGUUUAAGAAACUUCAGGAAGGUCGGCCAGAGUUCAACAACCGCAAGCUGGAGGACUUGCUUCAACUUCCUAUCGAGCGGAUUGAUCAGUGGUACAUCCGUGAAGGCUGGCUGAAGGUGGUCCCGUCCAAAGGAUCAGGGGUCAAACCCAGGAUGUUUUUCCUGUUUUCCGACAUUCUUCUGCAGGCUAAGCGCUGUAGCUACCUGCAUCCCACUGACAGCGAGAAAUUUGCCGGGCAGCAAGCGUAUCCGCUGGAAGAGUGCGUCGUGAAAAAGAUUUUCGGCGACACCACGGGCGAAGGAGGCCUGCUAAGCAGGAGCUAA